AUGAAGCUCGCUCUACUCGGUGCUGCCAGUCUCUUGGCGGGGGCCGCCCAGGCUGGCGUCCACAAGAUGAAGCUCAACAAGAUCCCUCUGUCUGAGCAGCUGGCUGGUCACUCCAUCGAGUCCCAGGUCCAGGCUCUCGGUCAGAAGUAUAUGGGCUCUUCCCGCCCCGAGUCUCGUGCCGACGUCAUCUUCAACACUGCACCUCCCAAGUCGGAUGGCAUCCACCCCGUCCCCGUCUCCAACUUCAUGAACGCUCAGUACUUCUCCGAAAUCACCAUCGGCACCCCUCCCCAGACCUUCAAGGUUGUCCUUGACACUGGCAGCUCCAACCUCUGGGUUCCCUCCAAGUCGUGCGGUAGCAUCGCCUGCUACCUGCACUCGACCUACGACUCCGACUCGUCGUCGACCUACAAGGCCAACGGCUCCGACUUUGAGAUCCACUACGGCUCUGGCAGCCUGACCGGCUUCGUCUCCAACGAUGUCUUCUCCAUCGGUGACAUCAAGGUCAAGGGUCAGGACUUUGCCGAGGCCACCAACGAGCCCGGCCUGGCCUUUGCCUUUGGCCGCUUUGACGGUAUCCUGGGUCUUGCCUACGACACCAUUUCGGUCAACAAGAUCGUUCCUCCCUUCAACCAGAUGGUGAACCAGAAGCUCAUUGAUGAGCCCGUCUUCGCCUUCUACCUCGCCGACUCCGAGGGCGAGAGCGAGGCCGUGUUUGGCGGUAUCGACAAGGACCACUACACCGGCGAGAUCGAGUACAUUCCCCUCCGCCGCAAGGCUUACUGGGAGGUCGACCUCGAGUCCAUUGCCUUUGGCGACGACGUUGCCGAGCUUGAGGACACCGGUGUCAUCCUCGACACCGGAACUUCCCUCAACGUCCUGCCCAGCUCCCUCGCUGAGCUCCUGAACAAGGAGAUCGGUGCCAAGAAGGGCUACAACGGCCAGUACAGCAUCGACUGCAGCAAGAAGAGCGAGCUGCCCGACAUCACCUUCAACCUUGCUGGUUCCAACUACAGCCUGCCCGCUGACGACUACAUCCUCGAGGUCUCCGGCAGCUGCAUCUCCACCUUCCAGGGCAUGGACAUCCCCGCCCCCGCUGGUCCUCUGGUCAUCCUGGGCGAUGCCUUCCUCCGCCGCUACUACUCGGUCUACGACCUCGGCAAGAACGCCGUCGGUCUCGCCAGGGCCAAGUAG